GUUGGAUUGGUGUUUGAUGGUGGCAGAAAAUUAUUUUUACUCAACUGUAUCCUAUCCUAACCGAAAUGAUGCAAAAUUGGAACAGCGGUGUUGAAGUGUUCGGGAGUCAAAGUCCCUCGUUUUAUGGCGCCCAGGAUAGUUAUUACUAUCUAAACAAAGAGCAGCCCGGAUAUGGAGGUUAUCAAGCUACGCAGAACCCAGUCUAUUCUCAUCAGCAGCUGCAAUCGCCGUACAAUGUAUCACCGCCUGGAACGCCAGCCGUUAGCAACACUGGCUACUCGUGUCAGCAACCGACGCCUUAUCAGCCAUACAUGCAGGAACAUGUCUCGCCUCCAGUAGCUCCACUGUCCAUGGCUCCAGCCUACAUGGAACAGCCGUACCCGCUACCGAACUAUCCACCUUGUCAGGGACCUCCUGGUGGUCCCUGGAACUAUGGUUACUGUUACGGCUUCUACGGGGAAGCUCCCUGUCCUUACGUGGAUGUUAUCGAUAUGGAGGAUUUUAUGAACAAUGAAAAGCGCAAGGAAAAAUCCCGUGACGCAGCUCGCUGCCGCAGAUCUCGCGAGACGGAAAUCUUCCAGGAUCUGGCGAGCUUGCUUCCGAUGCGGCAGGAAGACGUCGACCAUCUGGAUAAGGCAUCUGUAAUGCGUUUGUCCAUCGCCUAUCUGCGGGUUCGCGAGAUGCUUGAACUGUUUCCAAACAGCAACGCACCGAAAAGUGAGAACACUGGCGAUUCGGUCGAGGACGAUAUAACAGAAUCCGAAGAUGUAAAGGAAACCAAGCUAGCCCUCGAGGAACUGGCGAUAGAAAAUGAGAAAAUCGCUCUCCAAACGUUGGAUGGGUUUCUGUUGAUUCUGUCGGCCGAUGGCGAUGUGACCUAUGUUUCCGAGAACGUUAGCGAAUAUUUGGGCAUUUCACAGAUCGAUGUCAUGGGCCAACCAAUAUGGGACUACAGCCACCAGUGCGACCACGAGGAACUGCGGGAAGCCCUGAACGGCCGACAUAGCCCGGCGGAGAUAAAUAAGGGUGUCACCAAUGGAGAGUGUGCUCCGUUGCAGAGCCGCGAUUUCUUUCUCCGGCUCAAGUGUACCCUGACCAGCCGUGGGCGGAGUGUCAACAUUAAAAGUGCCUCGUACAAAGUGAUUCACAUCACGGGACAUAUCGCGUGCAAAGAGAACGGCCAGCGUCAAUUGGUGGCUGUGGCCCGUCCGUUGCCACAUCCAUCCAACAUCGAGAUUCCGUUGGAUUCGAGUACGUUUUUGAGCAAACAUUCGCUGGAUAUGAAAUUUAGCUAUGUGGAUGAUAAAAUGCAUCCCUUGUUGGGUUACAGCCCUGCUGAUUUGAUGGGUAAACCAUUGUACGAGUGUCAUCACGGGAUCGAUUCGGAGCACCUGAUGGGAACUUUCAAAAACGUGAUCAGCAAAGGCCAAAGCGAAACGGCCCGGUACCGGUUUCUGGCCAGUACCGGCGGUUACGCCUGGGUCGUGACGCAGGCGACGCUUAUCUACGAUAAGCAAAAGCCUCACAGCAUCGUUUGCGUCAACCACGUGAUCAGUGGUGUGGAGAACAAAGAUGAGAUUUACUCGUGUGCUCAACUGGAAGCACGUCAGCAGAAAUCAACCACGGAAUCACCGCCAGUCGCUUCGCAAGCAGAUGCUACCGCAGUGACCAAGAACAACACCGUGAAGACAAGUGAUAAAGUGCUCAAAGAGAAUAUCAACCACAGCAAUACAGAUAAUCGAAUUGAAAGCGAGCCACUGUUGUCGGAAGCUAUAGCAAAGAAGAAACCAUUGUCAGCGGAGCAAGUGAUCAGAGUGCUCGGAACUACCACCAGCAACAGUAGCAACAUCGUUCGGAAAGUUACGGCUGCCCCCGGUAAUAGUGUACCACGUCCAGUAUCAGUGACGGCAUCGAUUUUCACUUCUGCGCCGAAGAAGGAACCGUUGGGCUGUAACGAAAGCACCGUUGGCGGUGUUGAUAGACUGCCCCCCGUACGCAAGGUAGUGCCCCCUCAAUCGGUGACAGCGAAACUGUUUGUGACUUUCAGUCCACCACCACCGCCAGUAGCUGGUGCUGGAGCUGCUUCAACUUCAACUGCUGCGGCCGCCAAUAACGCCAAUAAACCGAAAUACGCUACCGACAAAAUAUUCGCCCCACGCACGCAGGAUAUGAACAAAGGGUUCUUGAUGUUCUCGGAAGAGGAGCCAGGAUUGACAAUGCUAAAAGAUGAACCGGACGAUCUAACUCAUCUGGCUCCGACGGCAGGCGAUGCCUGUAUUCCACUGGAAGAAACCGGUCCCUUUUUCAAUGAUAUCUUCGAUGAUUUCAUGAUUCCGGACAGCUACCGAUCGCUGCUCCAGGAGGAACUGAGCUCGCUGGACAGUGUCGAACAUCGGCUCGGAUCGACCGGCAGUAGUAUAUCGGUUCCGUCAGUGGUAUCGCCUCUCACACUAAAUGGCACCAACAUUACAAUGGUGAAUAAUCAUCACAACAGUAACACCGCCAGUAGUCCACUGUCGUCACAUUCGUCGAUUUCCAUCGCCACGUCCCCAUCGCCAUCAUCGUUAUCGUCCUCCUCCUCCCUAUCGACAUCGUCCACGGCAAGCUCUCCGCUAAACAUGUCAGCCGGUUCGCCAAGCGGUACGUCCGGUAUCGGAACCGGUCCGUCAUCACAGAAUUCUUCCAUCGGUCAGAACUGCCAUAGUGUCGAUGCCAGCAGUAACGAUCCGUUCAUCAACUACCGGGAUGAGAUCUGUGAGAACAGCCACUCACCGCAUUUACUGUCGCCCGGACUGUCAAAGAGCCCCGAGGGAAGCAGUAUACCGUCGCUGUGCAGCCCGAACGGAUCCGGCUGCCCGGAGGAUGAGCUUGCAUUUAUGACACUGAACAUGGACGAUGAUUUGGACCUGUCAAUGCGUGCCCCGUACAUAUCGAUGAGCGAAGUGGACGACCUUCCGCUGCUAACGUCGGACGAUUUGAUGUGGGGAGCACCACCGCCCUCGGUCGAUGGGGGAAUCGGUGCGAGUAAAUAUCUGAUCAAGCAGGAAUUCCUUGCUGCGCUUCAGCAACAGGAAAAUGCUACCGUCGGUAAAUCCGUUGGCCCAGUCGGCCGAACGGAUCUCAGCAGUAAUAGUAGUCCCAGCAGCUUGAACAAUAAUAACGAAAACAAUUGCAAUAUCGGAAACAAAAUUAUCGACUCCAGUCUGGCAGCAUUGCUGUGCGGCAAUGUUAUCAACAUACAUACGGCAACGAUUCAGCCGAACAACAACAGUGCGCAAAUUUUGAUACGACAGCAGCAGCCGCAGGUCAUGCCAGUGGAAGUGCCAUCACAGCAGCAACCGCGGGAAACCGUCGGUGAGAAGAAGAUUAAGCUUAUUGAGUCGAAUAUGGUGCACCCGAUGGUGGUUAUUUCACCAGGUUUUAAAUCCAACAACACGAUCGAGACAUGGACCAUGAACGAUUUGCUACAGCUGAACGGUGGUACCAACGGCAACGGUCCAGCGGGAAUCAAUGCAACUUCGACGCCGGUCAGCAAACUGAAUGGCACCGUGCUCGCAUCGAUCGUAUCGAAGAAAAACUCCACCAACAGCAACAAUACCUCAACCACGAACAAGCGCUCCCUAGCGACAUCGGAAAGUGGCACCGACACAACAAGCAAACGUGUCAAAUCAACCACCUCAGUCUCCACAAUUCAGCAGCAGCAAUCUCCAACGUCCUCACCCCAACUGCUGCAGCAGUUGAUGGCCCCAUCGCCGACGCCGGCCAAACUAAAGUCCAAGUCAAAGACUGGACUCGAUCAGUCCGAGCACCGGUGGCCCACCGGCAAACUGAACGGCCUGCAGGAACAAUCGUCCAAUUCAGUACUGAUGAAUCUGCUCGUCAGUGGUUGCGAUAACAACAUACCCCAAUCGCCACCAGAGUUUCUGAUUGACCAGGAUGAAUCGAGUCAACUAUCAAUGACACAAGACGAGAAUCAAUUGUCCGACGACGACGAGAAUUGCAUUCCGAUUCUGGCUAAUCCAAUGAUGGGCAGUGGCACUCCGCUGACCAUCCAAACCGAUGAUAUCCGGCUGUCCCGAAAACACGGUGGCUGUCUGGAUGUGGAUGACGAUUUUAUGAUGACCGUCUCGCCGAAUCUACUAACGCCGUCCGAUUUGGAGCUUUGGCGUUCCAUCCAGCAGGGUUUGGACCCCAAGAAGAUACCGACGAACUAUGGCCUGUCGCCCGCUGGUAGUGUGGCCUCCAGGAUGUCCAAAUCGAUGGCCACGACGCCGACGGCUCAGCUGGGUAUGCUGCACGAUGAUGACUGUGGCACUGCCGGUAAUCUGUUAACCGUGCUAGAUCCGGCAAUGGCCAUCAGCCGGCUGCGAACCGAACUGGAGGACGACGAGCAGGAUUUCGAGAUGACUAUACCGGUGAAUGCGAUAUUGCAGAAUAAUCUCAUCUGAUUGUGUGAGAAACUUUAAUUUUUGUAUAACAACAAAAAAAUAUUUUCAACAGUUUUUAAGAUAACCCAUAUAUGUUUGACGUAAUUUAAGCUAAAUUUCUCGAAAGCAUUAACAAAUAAUGGAUGAUUUACAGUAGCAGGAAAUGUGUUUGCUAUCCUUCCAGGGACGAGAAAAAGUGAGUUCCAAUCAAUGAACUUUAUUUUGUAGUAACCUAUCUAAUGAUGUAAUGUCACAAAAAAAACAAUUAAAAUUUUAGUUCAGGCACAGUUGCCAUCUUUGACGGUAUGAGUUGAUUGGAGUUCUUUUCUCGUCUUUUUCACCUAAUUCCCACUGUUUUAAACUAUGUAUUAUCAACACAAGAUAUGAUAAUAAAAUAAACUUUUCUCGAUCUUUUUCGGCGAAAUUUCAUGAAACUUUGAAAAACAUAAAUAAACGGGAAGUUCAAAACCAAACCAACCGAUAAUGCUCAGAAGUUAAACAACAAAUAUCAUUUUUACAAGUAAUCUAACAAACGAAAAAAGCGUUAGCGUGAUAGUAAAGAAAACAGAUAAAAGGUCGAGGUGAGUCUUGUACGCGAUAGAUGAUUGUUAAAGCUAUAUUUUUCCUGUAGUUUUAUUUGUGUUGUUGAUGGUACUAGCCAUAAUUAGAUCGUAGUCCAGUUUACGUGUUUAGUUUCACUAUAUGAAAGUUUUUUUUUCUUUUUUUCUGGGUGAUGGUUAAAUUAGGAAGAUAUAUUUUGUUUGCUAACAAUCAAUCAACAAAAGUACAAUGACACUUGGGAGUAUGACAGUUGUGAGUAAAAUCUAAUGAAUACAUGGUACAUUUUCGAUAAAUCGUAACAAAUAAUCUCACUCGGUGUAUGAAGAAACAUUUUAACAUUUGAAUAAAGACAAACAAUAAAGAUACAAACAACUGAGACGAUUUUUUGAACACUAAACCAUCAAAUCACAUUUGUUUAUUACUGGAAGGAAAAAUUUGAUACUGUACCGUAUAUAUCGAUAAAAAAUCGAACCAAUUUGCACAUACUGCAUACAACAAGUGAUGAAAUAAAAAUUCAGGCGCAAACACUAGUUACCAAUGAUUUACUAAAAAAAUACAAUAACAUAAAAACAAUAACACUGCAUUUGAACAACCAGAUCAUCAAAAAAUAUACAUUAUGUAGUUCUUGGUACACAUUAUUAGAUCCCAGCACAAUUAGUUUUACCAACAUUCUCGAUUAGUUAUUUAACUAAUAGUUUGGUGACUUUAGAAACAAGUUGACAAUGAAAGAGUGGUAAUAUUUUGUGCACAAAUUUGUGCCCGAAAAUCGUUCACACAAAGCGAGAGACAAAGCUGUGUAAAUAAUAAUCUGGGACGGGACGUGCACGUGCAAAGUGAAAAAAGUAAACGUCACCACGAACCGGCAAUGGCCUGUCAUUGCGAACCGGGCCUUUCUUGACGAUUUUCAUUUUCUUGAAGCGGGCAGUGUCUGAGUAGUAUCGCAAUAUCCUAGCUAUACACAAGGUGUAUUUAGAAAAUAUAUUUUACAUGUUACUUAGAUGCAUGUGCAAAACAUAGAAACAAACAAGCAAAAUGCAACAACGACACGUGUAAUUUUAUUAUUCUGCUCAACAGAUAUGGUUAAUGUUGUUUUACACAACUCAGACAAACGAUAACAAAAUUCAUGUCAUGUUUGAGCUCUAUUAUUUUCGGCACAAAUCUGUGCAUCAUCGGCAGAAAUCUAUGCCUCAUCGGCACAGCACUAUCAUCAACAAGCGUAUUUUUCCAUGCUAAAUAACAUCAAUAUCGGGAGGGAAAGAGAAGACCGUCUUCGCAUGUCCCGUCCCAGAUAAUAAUUAAGCAGGAAUCUUACAUCAAACGGAAUGCGCAAUUUUGCAAAUGCGAUAAAAAUAUGACUCUUCAAUAUAUUUCAAGAGUGAGUUGCAUUUUUUCCAUCUAAUUUCUAGAUUUAAUAAACGUACUUUGUUUUUCACAUUUUCAGUUGAUAAAGUUUUAAUAAUCAUUGCAAUUAACACAAAUACCCAUUCUUGAUCUGGACAAUUUAUACAACAUAAAGUAACCAACAACAUUUUUAACGUUUUAUGGAGACAGACAAAUCAUAUAUUGAACAUUUAAAAGUGCAGUGCUUAGAGUUUGUUUUACGUGUAUAACGGUAAUAUAAAGAAUUUAUAAUCAUAUUAGUUAUA